AGUGCUUAUUUUCCAAAAGCUAUUUUUUUCUCUCAUCUUCCUCACAUAACAACAACAAUACACUCAAAUUCUUCAUCUAGUUUUUCAGAAAAAAUUGAUAAAACAAACAACCAACAAUCAGAUUCCGUUUUUGAUUUGGAAUUGUUUCAAUUUCGGUUUCGCGGUUCUAUUUGAGCUUCACGGCUAUGUUUGGUAUUCGCGAAGGUUUUUUGUUCAGAAACCAGUUCUGUUUUGCUUCGAGUUUGGAGGUUUCGACUCAGUGCGGAGUUUGGAUUCGAGCAGAGCUUUUUCAAGGAAAUUUGAUGACAUUUUUGACGUGGACCACUUCAUUGUCCGUAUUGUCCGCGAUAUCCCAGAAUGGUUUACUGAUAAAACAGAGCUAUUUUCUAGUAUAAGGUUUGAUAGAUUCUUGUCCCUUUGAGUAGUGUCUGUUGAAAAUCUAAAUCCCAAGUUGCUGCCAGUGAUGAAGAACUAUUUACAUAUGCACAAGGAAUGUGUCAUGUAUCUAGUGAAAGGACUUCUUUAUACGAAAGUGGAGGAGUAAAUCUUAGCCAUUCGCAUAAUUAAAAAGUUCAAUUUUGUUUGUGGCAUUAAUAUAUAUUUUUGGUUUUUAGGUUUUUGUUUCAGUGAUUCAGCAGAAAAUAGAACUUCUCGAUUCGUAUUUCGUAUUUCGAAUUUCAUAUUGAGAAUUUGUAUAGCAGACUUGGGAUCUCAUGGAAGCUGACAGGUAUUCUUCAAAACCAGUUAUAUUUAGUGGAAAGUUGAAUUUUCAGGUAUUGUACUUUGUGGAAAGUGUUCUUUCUGCAAUAGGUUAAUGAAACUUGAGUGCUUCAACUUUAAUGCAAGCAAAUUAGUGCACAACUAGUGAGAUAAGGCUGAGUUGUUGUUGUUGUAUAUGUAUGUGUUCCUUUAAGAGUUUGUUUGAAUUGACUUGUCUAAACAGGGCCUAAGUAAUGAAAAUGUCAACUUAUUUCACCUACUUAGAUUUUUUAGCUGCAUAUACGUAUUAUUUUUUAAGCUGCCAAGGGAGUAAUAUGUGUUUGUGUGUAUAGAGAACAAUUAUUAUUUUGUUUAUCUUAGAUAGGGUAGGAGGAACAUAGAGAUAUGCUCCGAAUAAUUUGAGAAUGGAUCAAUUAGAUGCAUGUAAAGUAUUAAACAUCAAUAUUGUAUACCAGUCAACAAUACCAAAAUAGACACCGGGAACAAAAUUGUGGUGAAGCUGGAGGUGAAAAUGAAAAUGAAAGUGAUGGAAGUCCUCAUAGAUCAUCGGAUGACAGUGAAAAUGUGUCUGAGAAUGGUGAGGUUUCUGGUACUGAGUCUGCUGAUGGUGAGGAAUGUUCUCGAGAAGAACAUGAAGAGAAUGGGGAUCAUGAACAUGAUAAUAAGGCUGAGAGUGAAGGUGAAGCUGAAGGAAUGGCAGAUGCCAAUGAUGUUGAAGGAGAUGGAGCCUCGUUGCCAUAUUCAGAACGCUUUCUUCUCACAGUAAAGCCUCUGGUAAAACAUGUUCGCCCGGUGUUGCACGGGAAAGGAAAGAAUGUCCAAAUUUUUUAUGGAAAUGAUUCCUUUUAUGUGCUGUUUAGACUUCAUCAGACAUUGUAUUUUUCAGAGCUGAUAAUUCAAAAUUUGAAGAUGACUGUCGUGCUAUUAUUGGAACUCAGUCACAUGUCUUGUUCACGUUAGACAAGCUGAUAUAUAAACUUGUUAAACAGCUUCAAGCUGUUGCCAGUGCUACUAAUGAGAUGGAUAACAAACUUCUUCAACUAUAUGCAUAUGAGCAAUCAAGAAAACCUGGAAGCUUUGUGGAUAUAGUUUAUCAUGAAAAUGCUCGUGUUCUUCUUCAUGAUGAGAACAUAUAUCGUAUUGAAUGUGCAGGAAGCUUUAGAGAGAUAGAAGAUGUUGCACCCUUGAAGGAGAAAUUGGGAAGGCCAUUAUCAAAGCAAGAAAGAAGUGGGAUAGGUGUGAGCAAACUUAGGUUGCUUCUGGAAGAAAUACUACAAAAGAGCUUUGUGAAAAGUGAACCUGCUUUAGUUCCACAAUGGUUGAGAAGUAAUGGAAGUGUUACUAGUUCAGCCCACCAUUUUGCAUCUUCAUCUAAUCACACUGAUACUCAUAGUGUAGCUCACUCAAGGAAUAGGUCUUCUAAGACAACUAGUGAUUUUGAUAGUCCUCGUUCUGUGUUUCUUGAACGGGCAUUUUUGUCAUAUUCUCGGAGGGGCACUAUCAACGGCUCGGUAUGGUUACUAUUGAUAUAUGUGGCUCUUUCUUGUAAUAAUUUCUUGUGUCUUGUUUUUUUUGCAUACAGAAAACAAUUGCUUCUCCAGGACGUGAUUGGCAUUCUCUUUCCUGUGCAAUCGAUUUGCAUAAGAGUGCAAUCGAUUACACCAACUGUUUUUGCACUAAAUCCAGGCAGUGCAAUCGAUUUGCAUAAUGGAGCAAUCGAUUGCGCUAGUGCAGAAUUGGAAAAAUGA